UGCUCCACCACGUUCAUAGUGUCGCACACUCGUAUUAUUAUAUUUAUUAAAGAGUAUUACUUACUAGUUACUUAUUAAAAAUUGCAAUGAAUUUUAGUAUAGUUUCUAGUGAAAGAAAAAAAGACUUAAUUCUAUAUAAUAAUCAUAAAUAUUAUAAAAAAGACUAUGUCAAACAUUUAGAUGCUUUUAAAUGGCAGUGUAUAAAUAAAAAGUGUACUACAAGAAUGUAUGUCAAUCAAGCCACAAAUCAAAUAUUAAAAGAUGAAAGUAUUCAUAAUGUCAACCAUAGCGAAGAAACAAGUAAGAGUAUUAUAAAAAAAUAAUUUUCAAAUGGACUUAAACGAAAAUCGGAAGACGAAUUAGAAAGGACUUCAAAAAUCAUUAAUAGAGGCAUUUUAAAUAAUCCAGAAAUGACGAACACUUUUACAAGUACAGAUAUUAAUAACAUUUAUUAAUGUUUAUACCGUUCUCGUAGAUCAUCAUACCCUAAACUCCCAACAAAUCUUACGGAAGUAAUAAAUGUAAUGAGCGAGCGCCAAGUUCGGAUAACAAAAUUAUUUGUUUUUCAACAAACUCAAAUCUAAAAUUAUUAUGUUGAGUAGAUAAAAUAUUUAUGGAUGGUACUUUUACGUACUGUGCAAAAUAUUUUCUCCAGCUUUUUACCAUCCACAUUUUUAAGAACGGACAUUAUGUUCUGCUUGUGUACUUUUUACUACCCGACAAAUGUAAAGACACAUAUUAUGCGCGAUCGUUAGGUUAUAUUAUUGGAAAAUGUUCAGAAAUAAAUUUUUUGUUCAGUCCAUCGAAAAUAGUUUCCGAUUUUGAAAAAGCUAUCCAUAUUGGUGCAAAAGUAAUUUGGCCAGAAAUACAGAUUGUUGGAUGCCGAUUUCAUUUGACGCAAAAUUGGUGGAAACACAUUCAAAGUCUUGGUUUAUCAAAAGAAUAUAAAGACGAAUCAAAUGAAAUAGAUAAUUGGCUAAAAUUGGUAUUCGGAUUACCAUUAUUAAAUUCGGAAGAAGUAAGCGAUUGUUUUACAACAGAUUUGAUGUCAAUUGCGAAUUGCUCCAGAUGAUGAAAGGGUAGUUCUGCGAUUAUUUAGUUGAUUAUAUUAUAUUGACGAAGGAGCAAAAUUCAAUCCACGCAUUUGGGCAUCAACGGAAAUAACAUCGGAACGUACUACCAAU